AUGUCUAUAAGCAGGAACAAGUUAAUUUUACUACUAGGAAUGAUCUGCUUGGAACAAAGUGAAUCUACAACUCUUUCUCUCUCCAAAGCUUCCAACUGUGGGCAGAGUCUGGUUAAGGUACAGCCUUGGAAUUACUUUAACAUUUUCAGUCGGAUUCUUGGGGGAAGCCAGGUGGAGAAAGGUUCCUAUCCCUGGCAGGUGUCUCUGAAACGAAGGCAGAAGCAUAUCUGUGGAGGAACCAUCAUCUCUCCACGGUGGGUGAUCACGGCUGCUCACUGUGUUGCAAGCAGAAACAUUGUGUCAACUUUGAAUGUUACUGCUGGAGAACAUGACUUGAGCCAGGCAGAACCAGGAGAACAGACACUCACCAUUGAAACUGUCAUCAUACACCCACAUUUCUCCAUCAAGAAACCAAUGAACUAUGAUAUUGCCCUUUUGAAGAUGGCAGGAGCCUUCCAAUUUGACCAUUUUGUGAGGCCCAUAUGUCUUCCAGAACCAGGGGAGCGAUUCAAGGCUGGAUUUAUUUGUACAACUGCAGGCUGGGGCCGCUUGACUGAAGAUGGUGUCCCCCCGCAAGUCCUACAUGAAGUGAAUCUGCCUAUUUUGACCCAGAAAGAGUGUGUGGCAGCCCUCUUAACCCUAAAGAAUCCCAUCAGUGGGAAGACAUUUCUCUGCACAGGCUUCCCUGAUGGAGGGAGAGAUGCCUGCCAGGGUGAUUCAGGAGGCUCGCUUAUGUGCCGAAAUAAGAAAGGGACCUGGACUGUGGCUGGUGUGACUUCCUGGGGUUUGGGCUGUGGUCGAGGUUGGAGAAACAACAUACAGAAAAAUGAUCAAGGAUCCCCUGGGAUCUUCACAGACCUUAGUAAAGUGCUUCCUUGGAUCUAUGAACACAUCCAAAUUGGGAAUCGGAGAAGGAGUUCCAAAGCCUGGUGCAGUGAGCAGGAUGGUGUAAUCAGCGGGUCUGAGGGGAAGCUCUACUUCCCAGAAAGCCUCCACCUGUAUUAUGAGAACAAGCAACUGUGUGUCUGGACCUUGUUGGUACCAGAGGAAAUGCAUGUGUUGCUCAGUUUUUUUCGCUUGGAUGUCGAGUCUUGUCAUCACAAUUACCUGUCAAUAUAUUCUUUAGAAGACAGACUCAUUGGAAAGUUUUGUGGAGGAAGCCUCCCCUCAUCUAUUCUUGUUGGUUCCAAUUUUAUCAGGCUGAAGUUCAUAUCUGAUGGCACAGAUUAUGCUACUGGGUUUAACCUCACCUACAAAGCUCUUAAACCAAACUACCUUCCUGAUUCAGGUUGCAGUUCCUUAGCUGUCCUUUUUGAAGAAGGCCUCAUACAGAGUCUUAACUAUCCUGAAAACAACAGUGACGUGGUUGAUUGUAACUGGAUCUUUCAAGCCCCCAAACAUCACCUAAUUAAGCUUUCAUUUCAGAGUCUGGAAGUAGAAGAAAGUGGGGACUGCACUUCCGACUAUGUGGUAGUGCACAGCGACGUAGAAAGGAAGAAGGAAAUAGCUCGGCUGUGUGGCUAUGUUGUCCCCACCCCUGUGCUGAGCCCCUCCAGUGUCAUGCUCAUCAGUUUCCAAUCAGAAAACGGGACCUUCAGUGGCUUUCAGGCUACAGUCUCCUUUGUUCCUGAAGCAGUACUCCCAGAUUUAAACAUCUCCAUAUCAGAGAAUGAGUCCAUGUAUCUGGAGACAUGGGAUGUGCCAACUGAAGAAGUCAACGCUUCUGACUGUUCCCAGAAGAGCUGCCUCCAAGUGGUCUUCUCGCCGUCUCCUGAUUCUCCGGUGCGGGUCCUAACCCACCCUUGGUCAGUGCUGGUCACCGACAUGACAGAACGACGCCGGUUUGACAUGUUGGGCGACUCGUUCCGGGUGGGUUCCGCGACGGCGGCGCCGGGCGGGAGGGCCGGGCGAAAAUACGCCGGGGAACGUCCCGCCGGGUCGCGGGAACCCUCACUGGAGGCGGACGAGCGCCGGGCAACGCCCGCCCGGGGCGGGGCCGUGAGGGCAAGGGGCGAGGGGCGGGACGGGGCGCGCCGCGAGGGGCGGGGCGAAACCGAGGGGCGGGGGAGGGGCGGGGUCGGCUCUGGUCCGGAGGAGGCGUGGUGUGGGCUGGGCCUCGCGCGUCCGGGUGCGAGCAGAGGGCGGGGAAGCACCCUGCGGGUCUGGCUUGGGGCGGGAGAUGAGCGAGCCGGCCUUGCGGGCCGGGGUGGCAGAGUUGGGGACAGAAGCGGGGAGGCUGCCUGA